AUGACCAUCCCUACUGUCUCAAAAUCAGAUAAGGGUCUCUACUGGUGUGAACACCCACAGAGAGGAGAGUCACCAAAGAGCUGGAUCACUGUGAGAGCUGAGACCUGCACCAGUACAGGGCCUGCCUAUUCAGAGCUGAAACAGGAAGAUGAUGGAGAUGGAACUACAUCCCAGGUUGUGGUUUAUGCCCACAUUGACAGGAAUCGAAAGAAGCUAAGGAAAAGCAAAGGUCCAGUUAAAGCAGUAGAUGUAGAGCCAGUUUAUUCUGAGGUGAGGCCAGAGUGUCCAACAGAAAGUCGAAAGCCUGUUGUGAUCCUGCAGCCUGAUAAACAGACAUUCAGAGGAGAGACUGUCACUCUCAGAUGUGAAAUACAGGGAGAGAAAGACACUGACUGGGAAUACAGCUGGUAUAAGAAGAGUUCUUCACUCAGUCUUGUCAGUAAAAAUCAGACAUACAGAAUCAGUCCUGUUAAUCAAUCCCACAGUGGUGAAUACACCUGUAGAGGAAAAGACAGAAGAGACUCACAGAACUCAGAGAUGAGUGAUGCUGUAACACUGACUGUGUCAUCAGAAUCAAAACCAAAACCUCAACUCACCUCCAGUCUUAAAGGAGAAGUACUGAGAGGACACACAGUUACUCUGAGCUGUAAACCGGACCAGUCCACAGGAUGGGAGUUUUACUGGUACAGACACACACAGAACUCUUCAGCACUGACACAGACUGAUAAAGACUCCUACACAAUCAGUUCUGUUACAGACUCUGAUGGAGGACAGUACUGGUGCAGAGCUGGAAGAGGAAACCCAGUCUACUACACACAAUACAGUGAUGCAGUCUGGCUAAAUGUUCCUGCUCUAACAAAGCAUGUCUGUGAUGCUGAAGAGGGAUCAAGUGAUGUGACUUACGCUCAGAUUGUGAUGAAAAACAUGAAAAUAAAGAACAAAGACCUGUUCUCCCCUUUGCCCUCUGGUGUAAAGAUCUUUGCUGGUUACCUGACCUCAGUAGGAAUGGUGGGGAUCCAGGUCUACCUAGUUGCCCAGUAG